GUUAGCUUGAACGUAGCUGCUAAUUGACAUUAGCCGAACCUCGCUUUUAAAGUUUAUACCGGUGAAGAGUGAAGACCCCAGGCGACCUGCAGGCGACUCUCUUUGUUCCACAGAUUUAUUUCACAUGUGGUUUAAUCUUCUGAAUUUAAUUUCCGGCGCAGACAAGGCGUUUAAACAGGUGUUAGCAGGUGUUAAUUGAUUAGCCGGUGUUCGCUGAACAGGUUGCUUGAAAAGCAUGGACGAUCAUGAGGCGUUUAAGUACAAUCCAAGAAGAGGUGCUGCCAGUUUUCAGUCUCUGCCAGGCUUUGAGCCAAGCUUGCACCUUCGCCGUCCACGCGUCCUCCUGACGGAUGAUGAUGUACCGGUUUACAGCGACGCUUCCGGGCUGAGCCCUCACAGGAAAGAUGCAAGUGCUUCCGAAGACUUUGACCAGGCAAAAGAGGCUUUGCUCCCUGAAGGGUGCGACGGACCCAGAGUGGAGAUGACUUCCAAUCCCAAACUUCAGGAUAAACUUGGUUCUGGGAACAUCCUGCUGGGAGAUGAGGAUGAAGACUCUGAUGACGGGUCAGCUGGCUUCUCUUUCCCUGUCAUGUCACCUGCUGAAAGCAAAAUCUUGGAUGAAGAGCUCCUCCUGGACCUGAUCAUGGACCAGAAUCAGGAGGAGAGCACUAAGCCUGAAGCCUGGCAAAGUGAGUGGCACAAGAAUCACAUGGCAGCAAUCAGCAGUGAGAAGUUUGACAGCCUCCUGAAGAUGUUUCCUGAUUUCCAGGGCUGCAAGAACCACAUGGCAGCAUUUGUCUUAAUAGGGGAAGUGCUGGACACGGCAGGUUGUCCGCGUGAGCAGUACAAAGUGGUGGCACUGGGAGCCGGCCGUACAAGCUGCCGCCGGUGGCUUUGCUACAAUGGGACGAUGGUCCACGACUGCCACGCCAUCGUCAUCGCCCGACGGGCUCUCCUAAGGUUUGUGUACAAACAGCUCCUGCUCUUCUUCGACGCUGAUCCAAACGCCAAGGAGAACUGUAUCUUCGAGAGCAGUGCCGACAGCCAUCAGCUCCAGCUAAAACCCAAGAUCAGCCUGCAUCUCUACACCAAUCGGUGUCCUGUGGGAGCCGCCCAGAACUUCUGCUUCAAGGGCUCCGUGAACAACGACUGGAUGCCAAUAAAGCCCCAGUAUCACGCCAUGGGCCAGCUGGUCCAAGUCUCCUACCUCGAACCGAGUCUCUGGGGCGCCGUGGUCUGCUGCAUGUCUGGUAGUGACAAGCUGUGUCGCUGGACGGUAACCGGGGUUCAGGGUGCAUUACUGAGCCACUUCAUUCAGCCGCUCUACAUCACCAGCAUGGUAGUAGGGGGCCAGAAGCCCUUUAAUGAGGGGGUGUCUGACAUCACCAAGAUGGACGGUGAUGGAUGGGAGGACGUUCUGCCACCGUUCUACAAGAAGCACAACGUCGUCUGUCUCUCUGGCGACUACGUGGGGCCCGUCGGGACCGCCUGGCAGAAUAACUUCCUCAGCAUUAACUGGUGCCUCGGUGACAAGGAUAUUGAAGUUCUGGACAGUGAAAUGGGCAGAAUUGUCCAUGGUUCUCCCUCUGUGAGUGGACCUGGCUUCUCCAGCAGAGUCUGCAAGAGAGCCCUCUACAGCUAUUUCCUGCGAGUGGCCCAGCUGGGUAGGCACAGCCAUCUGCUGGAACUUCCCACCUACCAUAGCGUCAAGGUUGAAGCCAUGGUCUACCAGACGGUCAAAGAUCUGGUCAAGCAGCAGUUUGUGAAAGUCCACACGGGCCUGUGGAAAUCAAAAAAGCUGGUGGAUUGCUUUAGCGCUUGAGCUCUUUCUUUUGUGAAGAAGAAUGUAGAAGUUUAUCAAAGUUCCUUUUGUUAACUGCGGUUCUGUUUCCAAAUUAACCGUAUUUUUCUCUAAGUUUUAUGUAUAACUUUGUUGUUUUCUUCUGGUUGAGUUGAUGUGGAAAAAAAUAAAGACCUGACUGCACCACA